AUGCCCACCCACGCCACCCUCACCAUCCGCCUCCACUCCGCCUCCGCCGCCACCGCCGCCCCCCUCCCCGAACACACCAUCUACUCCUCCGUCCCCGACCACGACACCAGCGGCAACCGCAUCACCGUCCUGCUCCCCGCCACGCCUUCGGCGCAGUUCUGGCUGUCGUACGCCUGUCCGGACCCUGCCGUGGCUUUUGGCGAGGAGACGAAGUUUCUGUACUUCAAGGUGGUGCUUAAGGGGAGAUGUGUGUUGAGCUGGAGCGUUGGAGCCAAAGAUGAGUGGAAGGGGAAGGCUGUUGUCGGCUUUUUCGAGAAGGAAGGCGAGGAUGACGGUGGCAUGAGGGUGGAGAAGAGGGGGUUCUUUUUUCCUGGGCCUGAGGUGCUGGGAAGGGACUGGGUGAGUGGGUGGCAGGAGGGGAUGAAGAUUCACGUCUUUCGCGCGAAGGGCAGGAAGAGGUGCGAGCUGGCUUAUGAGGCGUUUGAGGAAUUCGGUGGCCUUGGGAGCGAGACUGAUGGUGAAGGCGCUGGCAUGCAGACGGUAGGCAUCAAGCAGAAUGGCGACAAGCAGAGGAUGUACACCUACGCGCUCGUCGACGAGAAGACAGAGCCAUUCGCGAAGUUCGUCUGGCGUUUCUGUUCCCAAGAGCAAUACAACCAACUCUUCACCACCCGCUACUCCAACUCCUCCCUCGCCAAACUCUGGGGCGACAUCGGCCCCAUCGGCUCCCCCUCCCUCUCCAGCACCAGCACAGUAGCCGACUCUGACCCCGAAUCCGAAACCUCCAUCCGCCUCCGCCUCGAGCUCUCCGCCAAACGCGCCAUCCUCGCGCCAGCAGCCGGCCCGUUCUCGCCCUCUCCGCUGCCCCGCGCCCCGGAGAAGAAGGCCUCAAUAAACUUCUCCCGCCCCUUCGUCCGCGCCCGCCCCGUCCGCCCCGUCCUCCGCCGCAUGCCCGUCUACACCGGCCCCUCCCCGCUCGUCUGCCAGCAGCGCAUGAACUCCUGGCUCGCGGACGUCAACAUCCACGCGCGCAGCCCGUCGCUCCGCUCCGUGGCGACUGGGAUGGCGGAGUAUGCUGCGGAGCCUGCUGCGCCUGUUGCUGCGCCGGAGAAGAAGCGAGCCAGUGUGCCGCAGGAGAUGGGGCCGAUUGUGGUGGGGCAGUUUGAGCCACGGUGGAGGAAGAGGCAGGCGAAGGCGGAUGUGGAGCAUAGGCGGUUCUUUGGGUUGGAGGUGGGGAAGGAGGGGAGUAUCAAGUUGGACUGA